AGAAAUUCAACAACUAGCAAGAAAUUCACAAAGAGAAGUACCACUGAUGAUGAGAGAGUUCUAGUUGGUAAGAAAGUUAGUGAAGGACAUCAGAAUUAUGUCAUUGCAUACAACAUGUUAACAGGUAUCAGGGUGUCUGUUUCUAGAUGUUCUGGGGUUCCAAAACCCAUCACAAACGACGAUUUCAAAUUGAUUCAAAAGUUACGGUUUGACUCUUCUGGAAAUGAGCUGACCCCUUCCUCAAAAUACGAUUUCAAAUUUAAAGAUUACUAUCCAACGGUUUUCCGUGAGUUGAGAAAACUAUUCGGGUUAGAUCCCGCAGAUUAUCUCGUUUCACUCACCUCGAAGUACAUCUUAUCAGAGUUGAAUUCACCUGGUAAGAGUGGCUCCUUCUUUUAUUUCUCGCGUGAUUACAGAUUUAUCAUAAAGACAAUUCACUAUGCAGAACACCGCCAGUUGAGAAGGAUAUUGAAGCGUUACUACGAACACGUAAAAUCAAACCCAAAUACGUUGAUUUCACAGUUUUACGGACUGCACAGGGUCAAGAUGCCCUUGAAAUACGGUGCUAGACGUAAGAUUUAUUUCAUCGUUAUGAACAACCUCUUCCCACCACAUAGAGACAUUGACAGAACUUACGAUUUGAAAGGUUCUACUAUGGGACGGUACACGUCGUCUUCACCUUCCAUGACGAAACAGUUGGUACUAAAGGACUUAAACUGGCUACAAAACCAAGAGAUUAUUCAAUUCGGGCCUUUAAAACAAGAGGCGCUUAUCAAACAGUUGGAAAGUGAUGUACAAUUAUUGAUCAAAUUAAACAUCAUGGAUUACUCCUUCCUCAUUGGAUUCCAUGAUCGAUCCAAGAUCAGCUCAGACGAUGAUGAUCCAAUAAAGAGGAAGAAACUCUCAGUUUUUUCGCCUGUUUCUUCGGACUUGAAAGAUUUGAAGAAUACCAAUCCAAAAACGUUAAAUGAUUUGAGUGACUUACCCCAGGUUGAGUACUAUCACAAGUCUAACUUCUUUUACACAGAAGAUGGUGGGGGCAUAGUUGCAACGGGGCCAAAUAACGAGAAUUUGGAGUAUGUGUACUAUUUUGGAAUCAUCGACUGCUUGACCAACUAUUCAAUUAUCAAAAAAUUGGAAACAUUUUGGAGAUCUUUGAACCACGACAGGCGCACAAUCAGUGCAGUACCACCAAGGGAAUACGGCGAACGGUUCUUAAGAUUUGUUCAAAAUUCUAUCAAUGAG